CCGCCGGCCGGAGCUGGGCAGGGAGCCGCGGAGCGCGACGCGCGGGGCCGGGCCGGGCCCCCCAUGGCGCCGCCGCCGCUGCUGCUCCUGGCCGCGCUGUGGGCCGCCGGGCGCGCCGAGCCCGAGGGCGCGAACCGCAGCCUGAGCCUGGCCGUGGUGCUGCCGGAGCGCAACGUGAGCUACGCGUGGGCCUGGCCGCGCGUGGGCCCCGCCAUCCGCCUGGCCCUCGAGGCGCUGGAGCGCGGCGACCCCCCGCUGCUGCCCGGCCCGCUCGCCGUCCGCCUCCACUUCAGGAGCUCGGAGCUGGAGGGCGCCUGCUCCGAGUACGUGGCGCCCCUCAACGCCGUGGACCUGAAGCUCUACCACGACCCCGACGUGCUCUUCGGGCCGGGCUGCGUCUACCCGGCCGCCUCGGUGGGGCGCUUCGCCUCGCACUGGCGCCUGCCGCUCAUCACGGCCGGGGCCGUGGCCACGGGCUUCAGCCACAAGCGGGAGCACUACGGCACCACGGUGCGCACCGGGCCCUCGGCGCCCCAGCUCGGCGCCUUCGUCUCGCAGCUCCACGCGCACUUCAACUGGAGCGCCCGCGCCGCGCUGCUCUACGCGGACCACAAGACCGACGACCGGCCCUACUACUUCACCAUCGAGGGCGUGUACCAGGAGCUGCAGGAGGCGCUCAACCUCACCGUGCGCUACCACAUCUACGCGCCCGACGAGGGCGGCGCGGACGCGGCCAUCCACUUCAUCCGGGCGAGCGGGCGCGUCAUCUACAUCUGUGGCCCCCUGGAGAUGUUGCACCGGAUUAUGAGGCUGGCCCAGCGGGAGAGCCUGACUAAUGGCGACUACAUCUUCUUCUAUGUGGACGUGUUUGGGGAGAGUCUGCGUGCCAGUGCCACUCGCGACGCCUUGAAACCCUGGCAGAACAAACAGAGUCAGGACGUGGGCCUGCGUCAGGCCUUCCAGACGGUGCUGGUGAUCACCUACCAUGAACCCCAGAACCCCGAGUACCAGCACUUCCAGACCCAACUGAUCCUGCGAGCCAAGGAGGAGUUCAAGGUGGAGCUCGGCUACUCACUGAUGAACCUGGUGGCCGGCUGCUUCUACGACGGAGUGCUGCUCUACGCCAUGGCACUGAACGAGACGCUGGCCGAGGGCGGCUCCAAGAAGGACGGCACCCGCAUUGUGCAGAAGAUGCGGGACCGGAAGUUCCAGGGGGUCACCGGACUUGUGAGCAUGGACAGCAACAACGACCGGGACACAGACUUCAGUCUGUGGGUGAUGGGCAACCCCGAGAGCGGGGAAUACGAGGUGGCAGGGCACUACGCUGGCGCGGAGAAGAAGCUGAACUGGCUGGGGAGGCCCAUUCACUGGGUGAAGGGGGUCCCCCCCCUCGACAACCCCCCCUGCAUCUUUGAUGUGGAUGAUCCCUCCUGUGAUAAAACCCCACUCUCCACGCUGGCCAUCGUGGCGCUGGGCACCGGCCUCACCCUCGUCAUGUUUGGAAUCUCCAGCUUCCUGAUUUUCAGGAAGCUGUUGCUGGAGAAGGAGCUGGCCAGCAUGCUGUGGAGGAUCCGCUGGGACGAGCUGCAGUUUGGGAACGCCGAGCGCUACUACAAGGGGGCGGGCAGUCGGCUCACCCUGUCGCUGCGCGGCUCCAGCUACGGCUCCCUGAUGACGGCCCAUGGCAAAUACCAGAUCUUUGCCAACACUGGCCACUUCAAGGGGAACGUGGUGUUCAAUAGGCAUCCGCGCCUGCCCCGUCCCCUUGCAUUGACUUCCCGCCCGUGCGGCGCUGACCCUGUCCCUGUCCCUGGCCCCCAGGGGAACGUGGUGGCUAUCAAGCAUGUGAAUAAGAAGCGGAUCGAGCUGACGAGGCAGGUGCUCUUCGAACUCAAACACAUGAGGGACAUCCAGUUCAACCACCUGACCAGGUUCAUCGGUGCCUGCAUCGACCCGCCCAAUGUUUGCAUUGUGACAGAGUACUGCCCGCGGGGCAGCCUGCAGGACAUCCUGGAGAAUGAGAGCAUCAACCUGGACUGGAUGUUCCGCUACUCGCUCAUCAAUGACAUUGUGAAGGGAAUGGCCUUUCUGCACAACAGCAUCAUUGGGCACCACGGCAGCCUCAAGUCCUCCAACUGCGUGGUGGACAGCCGCUUCGUGCUGAAGAUCACGGACUACGGGCUGGCCAGCUUCCGCUCCAGCUGCGAUGCUGAGGACAGCCACGCGCUGUAUGCCAAGAAGCUGUGGACGGCCCCAGAGCUGCUGCAGAAGGGGCGCCUGCCCCCCCAGGGGAUGCAGAAGGCCGAUGUGUACAGCUUCAGCAUCAUCCUGCAGGAGAUUGCCCUGCGCAAUGGGCCCUUCUACAUCGAGGGCAUGGACCUGAGCCCCAAGGAGGUUGUGCAGAAGGUGCGGAACAGCCAGAAGCCGUUCUUCCGGCCCUCCAUCGACAUGGGGCUGCACAGCGAGGAGCUGGCCGUGCUGAUGGAGCGCUGCUGGGCGCAGGACCCCGCCGAGCGCCCUGACUUCAGCCAGAUCAAGAUCUUCAUCCGCAGAUUCAACAAGGAAGGCAGCACCAGCAUCCUGGACAACCUGCUGUCGCGCAUGGAGCAGUACGCCAACAACCUGGAGAAGCUGGUGGAGGAGCGGACGCAGGCCUACCUGGAGGAGAAGCGCAAGGCCGAGAACCUGCUCUACCAGAUCCUGCCCCACUCCGUGGCCGAGCAGCUGAAGCGCGGGGAGACGGUGCGGGCUGAGGCCUUCGACAGCGUCACCAUCUACUUCAGCGAUAUUGUGGGGUUCACAGCCCUGUCGGCUGAGAGCACCCCUAUGCAGGUGGUGACCCUCCUGAACGAUCUCUACACCUGCUUCGACGCCAUCAUCGAUAACUUCGACGUGUACAAGGUGGAGACGAUUGGAGACGCCUACAUGGUGGUGUCGGGGCUGCCGGUGCGGAACGGGAAACUGCACGCCAACGAGAUCGUCCGCAUGGCGCUGGCCCUGCUGGAGGCUGUGAAAACCUUCAAAAUCCGGCAUCGGCCCAAUGACCAGCUCCGGCUGCGCAUCGGCAUCCACACCGGUCCCGUCUGUGCCGGGGUGGUAGGGCUGAAGAUGCCCCGGUACUGCCUGUUUGGGGACACGGUGAACACAGCCUCGCGCAUGGAGUCCAACGGGCAGGCACUGAAGAUCCACAUUUCGUCCACCACCAAGGAGGUCCUGGAUGAGUUUGGCUGCUUCGAGCUGGAGCUCCGAGGCGACGUGGAAAUGAAGGGGAAAGGGAAGAUGCGGACGUACUGGCUGCUGGGCGAGCGGAUGGACGACAGCAUCAUCUGAGGCAGGCCCCUGGGCUGACUCGAGCUCUGCACUGAGCGGGGCUUCGUCACUGAGCUCCGCAUGCAGGAGGCUGCGCGCCGUCUCUGAGCACCACUCCCCGGCCGCGGCAGGGAGCGCCCAGCACGCAGGCGGCUCCUGGGCUGGCACCGGGCUCUGCCUCCGGACUGCAGGCCCCACCAACCCAGCCGAGCUCCACGGGCCCUGCUGGCAGACACACAGAGCCGUGCUGCCCACCUGGCCCUGCCCGCCCAGCUGCAGUCUCCUUCCACUCAGCCUCCGAGUGCAGGGCCUGGCGGGGAUGGCGGGAGCCAGCCGGGCCCACGACCCCAUUCGGCUCCUUGGAGCCUGGCUGUACCGGGGCUGGCAGGGCCCCGGGCACCGCCUGAGAACAAGCCCCCGGGGCCCUGAGUCUCUGUAACCCGGUAUCCCCUCCCCAGGCUCAGCUGGCUCUGAGCCCCUCAGCCUUGCCAUCCCCUGGGCCCAGCUGGCUCUGAGCCCGUCCCCCCAGGGGCCUGGCUGCUCCCCCAUGGCACUUGGCCUUCCUUCCAGUACUCUGCACCCUCCCCCGAAGUGAGCGAGCUGGGGGCUGCUGCCAGGGCUGGCCCUCAGCUGGAGGGGGGGGUGUUCCUCGCCCACUGUCCUGUGGCCUGGUUCACACGAGCACGAUGCAGCUGCUCACACCUUCCCUUGUAACUGUCCCGCAUCCCUCCCUCUUGCCCUGUAACUACCCCCUGGGCUGGGCAAACGCCCACAGCCUGGCAGUGCCCACAGCCUCCCUCGAGUGUACAUAUAGGGAUCAAACUGUGCACACGAUUGUGUUGAAAUACAGCCUUCCCGAACCAGA